CAGUCAUAUCAUAGCACAAGCAGUAGCCUGAAGAAGGGUCUCGACACAAAACGUUACCCAUUUUGUCUAUCCAGAGGUGCUGCAUGUCCCGCUGAGUUACUCCAGCUUUUUGUGUCUAUCAUUGCUUCAUCUUAAGCUGAUUAGAGGGGUUUCAUUUCAGUAGAGUUUUACAACUUGACGAAACUCUUCAACCCCGAGCUGAGGAAAUGUCGUUGUCACAUUUCUUUCCCCGAAGCUACUGGGAUCCCUUGCGGAGGGGUUACUCUCCAAGCUGCCUGCUUGAUCUGGAUUUUGGGCUCCCUCCUUAUCCCGAACAGCCACUGAGGGACUGGAUGGAGUGGAUGGAGAAUCGGUUCAGUACGAGCAGGGCAGGGACGUUAUGCUCAGGCCCAGCUGACAACGCCACAGCCAGCCACAGCACAUCUUCCAUAUCCCAACCGCUUGCCCGCGGAACGUCGGUGCCUCAGCGGAAGUUGAGCUGCUGGAAGAUCAGCCUUGAUGUGAAACAUUUCACCCCUGAUGAACUCCAGGUGAAGACCCAAGAAGGAUAUUUGGAGAUUUCAGGGAGCCACAACGAAAGAGAAGAUCAACAUGGGUUUAUUUCAAGAUGUUUCACCAGAAAGUACAGACUUCCGUCAGCCGUGGCUGCUAGGUCAGUGACCUCAACCCUGACCUCCAACGGAAUCCUAGUGGUGGAAGCUCCUCUCCGCUCUUCCUUAGAGGUCGUGAUUCCUGUUCAAACUGAGAAGGUCUCUGGGGACGACGAGAAAGUGAAAAAGGAGGAAGAGCCAGUGGUGGGGAAGGAAGUCUGGAGGAUGAGAAGGUGCAGCACACUAAAGUGGUUCUUGAAGAUCAAGAAAACAAGGAAGAAGCACAUACAUCAACAAGUUAAAUAAUAUUUCAAAUGAAACUCCUAUGCAUUACUUUAUGCAAGCCAUGGUUUUGCUAAAAUCAGUGAAAACACAUUCGAGGUUAACAUAGAGUUAAGCAAAAAGAGUUGAUCUAUAUCAGAUAUCAAAUAUAUAAUAUUUUGCAGGUAGACACAAAAUGCUGGGCACAGGCAAGAAGGGUCUCGAUCCGAAACAUCACCUAUGCCUUCUUUCCAGAGAUGCUGCCUGUCCCGUUGAGUUACUCCAGCAUUUUGUGUCCACCUUCGAUUUAAAGCAGCAUCUGCAGUUCUUUCCUACACAUAUAAUAUUUAGCUCUGAUCAAUAAAGGAUGAAAUUGAG